AAAGCGAGCUUCCUCCUCCUCCACAGCAGAAGAUCCCGGAGCCGGGUAUAAAGCCAGGACGAGCACUCGGAGACAACCACGCGCGCACACGCACGCGUAUAUAUUUGGUGAACUUCUCGCUACCGCUCUGCCCCCCCCCCCCCCCCCCCACCUCGAGCCACCCCUCUCGUGUUGGACUUCUUUUCUGCUCCCGUCGCCUCCAGGAUUUCAUCCGACCUUCGAGAUGGGGAAUGAAGCCAGUUUCCCUCUGGAGAUGUGCUCACAUUUCGAUCCCGAUGAGAUCAAGCGGCUUGGAAAGAGGUUCAAGAAGCUGGACCUGGACAACUCGGGCUCGCUCAGCGUGGAGGAGUUCAUGUCGCUGCCCGAGCUGCAGCAGAACCCGCUGGUCCAGAGGGUCAUCGAGAUAUUCGACACGGACGGGAACGGAGAGGUGGACUUUAAAGAGUUCAUCGAGGGCGUCUCUCAGUUCAGCGUCAAAGGGGACAAAGAGCAGAAGCUCCGCUUCGCCUUCCGGAUCUACGACAUGGACAAGGACGGCUACAUCUCCAACGGCGAGCUCUUCCAGGUGCUGAAGAUGAUGGUGGGCAACAACCUGAAGGACACGCAGCUGCAGCAGAUCGUGGACAAGACGAUCAUCAACGCGGACCGGGACGGGGACGGACGCGUGUCCUUCCACGAGUUCUGCUACGUGGUCGGGGGUCUGGACAUACACAAAAAGAUGGUGGUGGACGUGUGAGCCUCCUUCCCCCCCCAUCGCUCACCCAUCCAUCUUUUUUCUCCACCCUCCCUGGACAUCUGCUCCAGAUGUCCUUCAAAGCCUCCAGCUGAACUUCUCUCGCUCUUUCUCGACAUUUAUUUUGUUCUUGUCUUUUAUAAAGAAUUCAAAAGUCUA